ACUCAGAAUUUGGGCCACACCACACCAGAGAUCCAAAAUAUCAACCACUAAGGCAGCCGCCACCACCAGCUUCGUUUUCACAAAUAAGAACAGAAUUCUAGUGAAGUGGACGCGAAGAAACGAAGCUCCCAAAUAUAUUAUAACCUUAUUAUAUAAAUAUAUAUAUAUAUAAUAAUGUUCUCUCUCUUCACUGUCAGUACCACUAGUUUCAAUCACCAAGUAACUACAAAUAAUACCAAACACUACUACUACUAUAUACGUCUUUAAUUGUUUGCUUCCUAAUUCUUAAUCCUAACUUCUCAUAUUUCAAAUCCCACAUAUAUAAAUAUAUAUAUAUAUAUCUUACUGUACAUUUUCUCAUCAGGAAAAAUCGAUCGAUGGAGAGUGAGAGAAGACGAGUUAUGAGGAAUAGAGCAGAGAUUGAUACAACGGCACCGUUUCGGUCUGUCAAAGAGGCCGUUUCGUUGUUCGGAGAAAAGGUUUUAGCAGGGGAGCUCUAUAGUACCACCAAGCUCAAAGAGAUGAAUAAUAAUGGAGGAGAAUAUGAAAAAGGUGGGGAUUAUGGCACAUCAUCAAUAUCAAAGCUAGGAAACGUUACAGCUGAGCUUGAGGAAACAAAACAAAGCCUCCAAAAAGCUAAAGAAGAAAGUGAGGUAAUGGCAAAUAGCUUAUCUUCUCUUAAACAAGAGCUGGAACGAACAAAGCAAGAGCUUAGACAAUUGAAAUACCGGGAAUCAGAAUUAAAAGCAAAAUAUGUAGAUGAUCAUGAAUCUGCUGAGAUUGAUCAUGAAGAUGUUAAGUUUGUUGAGGGCUCAAGAAGGUUUGAUCAUGAGAUUAGAAAACACACAUUAUUGUAUGGUAAUAAUAAUGAUCAAUUAGAGGCUGGUCAUGAAUCAUCAUCAUCAUCAUCGGUUGAGUUCCAAAAGAAAAGGUAUGUCACUUUUGCAAAUCCACCAUCAUUGGAACAAGUUCUGAUCCCACCAGGUGUUGAGAUUUUGGAGAGACAUCCUUCUCUUAAGAAUAAGAAGAAGAAGAAGCCUUUGAUUCCAUUAAUAGGAGGGAUCUUUUCCAAGAAGAAACCAAGCACCGAAGUUGCAUGAGAUCCCAACAUUAAUAAUAUAUUAUUAUAUAUGAGACCUUAUUAAUAUAUACUAAGUACGUACUAUAUAUAUAGUGCACUUUUUUUUUUAAUUAAUCUUUUUUACUGUUUUGGAUGUCCAAGAAUAAAUUCCAAGUCGAUCCCUUUGUUUUCAUGCUAUUUAUGUUUUGUUUUAGUAUGUUAUUAGCCGCUUGGUUUAGGAUGUGUCAAAAAAUGUUGUAAACAUAUCUAAUAAGGAAUUUUCUGAUAAAAUAAAUAUCAUUUCCGGCAGCAA